AUGGGCUGCUGCUUCAGCAAGAAGCGCAAGACCCGUCCGGUGGCGGGAGCCUCUGCCUUCCCGCGCCGGUGCGAGCGCGAGGACCGCGACCCGCCGUCGCCGGAGGAGGAGACGGUCAAGGAGGUGCUCUCGGAGACACCGAGCGCUAAGCCGAGGGCCGAGCCCAAGUCCAUCGGCAAUAAUGUUGUCGUCCCCGCCGCGGACGAGCGGGAAGUGGAGAAGGCGAAGAAGAAGCAGGACAGCGUCGACGCCGCGGUGAGCGUGAGCGACCUCGGCAGCUGCGUGUCGCUGUCGCUCGCCACCGACGAGCGGUCCGAGGCGGCGUCGGAGUGGUCGGUCGCGACCAGCUCGGUGGCCGGGCCGGAGCGGUCGCCGGGGACGAAGCCGGCCAGGAGGCGCCCGGUCUCCGCCGAUCUGAGCCCAGCGCGGCGCGAGCGAGACCGCGCCGCGGCGGCCGCGGCCUCCUACGGCGUCCGCUCCCGCAGCGCGCGAGCGUCGGCGUCCCCGCCGCCGCCGCGGCACGUGCCACGGGACCGCUCCGUCCGGCGCUCGCCGUCGCCGGCGGCGAAGCGGGCGGCGUCCGAGCCCCGCCGCGCCGCCAGCCCAACUGCGCCCGUGCAGGCGCAGCGGAAGCCGCCUGUCCCAGCAAGGCCGUCCGGCCGCGUCUCGCCGCGGCGGGCGGCACAGGAGGCAGCAACUCCUCCUCGUCCCGCCUCCCGGCAGGAAGACGACGCCGUCACCGCGGCAAGCGAGCCCAGCGUCCCGGACGGCAGCGCCGGUGGCGAUGUUCAAGGUGGCCGCGGCGGCGACGACGGGAGAGAGUCGUUGGAGAACCCGCUUGUGUCAUUGGAAUGCUUCAUCUUUCUGUAG